AGACAUAAAUGAAUCACAACCAUGAAGAAACUAUGAAGAAAAUCAGUGCAGUGAAUCUUGACAAACUUUUAGAUAACUUCUCAGAGAUAGAAAAGAAAAUAUCAGAAAUUAAUGGGGGAAAUAACCUACUGGUGCUUGAGCUGGAAAAAUGUAACAGAUUGUUAACAAUAAGCCAGUCAAAGGAGGAAUCAAUAAGAGAAGAAUGUACUACUCUGCAGAAUGUGAUAAAGGGUCUAACACAAACUAUAGAGAACCAGUGUAACGUGAAAGAGGAAAACUAUAGGCUGAAGGAUACCAUUCACCUCUUGGAAGAGAAACUAAAUGCUUGUGAGCAGGACUAUAAAGAUCAGAUUGAGAAGCUUGUGACAGAAAUUAGAAACAAAGAGGAAGACCACAAAUCAGAGAUAGCACAGCUGAAUUGCGAUAUAAGAAAAAAGCUUGAAGUAAAAGAAAUGGAGUAUAGAAUACAGAUAGAAAAAAAAGAACUGGAAGUAUCAGAACUGACUAGACAGCUGAAACUUCAAAAUGAGGAGAAGCAGAAUGAAAUCAUUAAACUGCAGAUAGAGUUCAAUGCUAAAUUAGCAAGAGUCCACAAUAAAGCAACAAAAUCAUUUUCAGAUGCUUCUGCCUUGCCACAAACUAUCUAUCGAAGGAAAUUGCAGCAUCUCCAGGAGGAGAAAAACAAGGAAAUUGAAAUUCUCCGAAACACCAUAAGAGACUUGGAGCAGCGUCUUAAUAAGGGUCAAGACCUGCAAUUCAAACGGAGGAGACUCUGAGUAAAGGACAUGAAGUAUUUCAGUAGUACAUACAAUGAGAAAUAGAAACAGUGUGUUUCAAACUGUGCAUAUAAAAGCAGAAACAAGACAUGAAGGAAAAAUGAGUAUUACUUUAUUGAAAACACUCUUGUCAAACAUUCCAAAAGCACCAUAUUCUGUAUAUAUUCAGGGCUACCUUCUUGCCGAUCAGCAUUCACAAUAAAAAGCUUCAGGUUUCGUAGGAGUAGUAAUUUUCCUAUAAAACCAUCAUUAAUUAUGGUGUACGCUGUCAAAGCAAUUUUCCUUUCUUGAAUAUUCCCUUCUUCAUCCAGGAACCCUUCGAACAUCUGCAUUUUUACUUCAGCUCAGUUAAUCAAAGGUUAGGAAUGCUAAGCUACAGAGAGAGGUUAUGCAAGUUUAAGUGGUGUAUUGCCUUACCAAUCAAUACAGAUUUAUCAGAUUGAGCAGUGUUAUAAACAAAGCCAAACAAUAAACCACCAGGAAAUUUCUUCUGCUUCUCCCUCUUUUUGAUACUGAUUCUGUAUAAAGUUGUUAAUGCUGAUUUACUUCAGGCACAAUCUUACUGAUGUAGUGGGAUUUUACAAGCUACAGUAAUAGGCAUUAAUGGACUCUGAUGCUGUAUCUCAGUUACAAAAGUUAAGCAUAUAAAUCUCUUCAUUUAAAAUAAAGCAAUUACUGCUUGCAUCUUAUAUUUGAGAUAGAAAAUUAUUUUGACGUGUUGUUUAGGAGUAAGCUUUUCUUGUACACAAUUUGUAUCCCCAGGUUAGGAAGAAAAAAACA